AUGGACUUGUUACAGGAAUACGGAGAUUCAUCAGAUGAAGAAACAACUACUACAACAACGACGAAACAAGUAGAAGAAAAUAACAAUAACAAUAAUAAUAAUAAUAAUGUAACAAAAGAAUUUAAAUCAUUUAAACCUUCAUUGUCAAUAGCACCGUCAGUAAAGAAUAUUCAAGUGUUGGAGAACAAGGUAGAUCCCAACUCAAAGAUACUAUCAUACAAUCCAACAGUAGAGAGUUUAUAUGGUGAGACUGAAGGUCCUGAAACACCUUUUACAAGAUCAAAGCAAAGAAUUGAUCCAUCAUUAAAGAAUCACAAGACAGGAAUAGUAGAGAAUUAUUAUAUCAAUGACUUUUCAUUCAAAGAUCAAUACUAUACAUACAAAUCAUAUGGAUAUGCAGCCGACCCAAAUACAGGUGUCAUUGUAGGUGAUAAAGAUAGUUAUAUAAAUCAUCAUGGCGCAUCUGUAUAUAAUAAUAUUAAACAACAAGAAAAUAAUAAUAAUAAUAGUAAUAAGAAAAAGAAAAGAGAUAAUGAUGAUCCAUCAGAUGUUAAAGGGUAUAUGGGACCAUGGGCACCAAAACAACACGAGAUUGAUUUGAGAAACAAACUACAACAACAAGAUGAAGAGGAUGCUGCGACGGUGGGUGUUGAGAUGUCGGUUGAACAAAAGGCGUAUUUGGACAUGCGAAAGAAACAGAGUAUACGCGACAAGGAGGCGUCGCAAGUGACAUCGGUUUUCUAUGGCAAGGAGAGAAAGGAUUAUAUGGGACGCAGCUGGAUCGAGCCACCCAGCGACCUCAAGACUGGCGUCGAGGUGGACAGCUUCUUGCCCAAGAAACUGAUACACACGUGGACCGGGCACAACAAGGGUGUGUCGGCCAUCCGUUUCUUUCCACGGUACGGUCACUUGUUGCUGAGUGCCAGUAUGGACAGCUCGGUGCGUAUCUGGGAUUAUGACGCGCGAUCAGGUGACAUUGUGCAAGACUAUGACCAGCAUUUGGGUGCCAUCAACACCAUCACCUUUAUCGACGACAACCGUCGGUUUGUCUCGUCGUCGGACGACAAGUCACUUCGUAUCUGGGAUUGGGGUAUUCCAGUCGUCAUCAAGUAUGUCAGCGAGCCAGAAAUGCAUUCCAUGCCCGCUGUUGCCCUCCACCCCAGCGGCAAGUACUUUGCCACACAAUCCAUGGACAACCAGAUCCUCGUCUAUGGUGCACGAGACAAGUUUAGAAUGAACAAGAAAAAGAGAUUUACAGGUCACACCAACGCAGGUUAUGCCUGUCAACUCAACUUUUCACCCGAUGGUAAAUACGUCAUUUCCGGUGAUGCCACUGGUAAAGCUUAUUUCUGGGAUUGGAAAACUUCUAAAGUUAUCAAAUCAUUUAAAGCACAUGAUGAUGUUUGUAUAGGUAUUGAAUGGCAUCCACUUGAAACUUCAAGGGUUGCAACGUGUGGAUGGGAUGGUACAAUUAAAUAUUUUGAUUAA